CCGAGACGUGUGUAAUUUUUAAAAAGUUGUUCAAGAUCUUGAAUUUAUAAAAUUGCUUUAUUAAAAUAUUCCAACAGUAAAAGCAUAAUUGUGAAGAAUAUAUCAUGUUUCUUAAAUUUUUAAGCAGAAUAAUUAUUAAUGUUUAGAGAAAAAACCUCUUAGACGUCACAAAUGUCUCAGACUUUCGCUAAUUGUAUUGCAAAAUUAUGCUAUGAACACUUCGACAGGUUGCCUAGGAAAGGCAAACCACAACUAAACAAAGAAUGGACUCUUCUUGCGGCAGUUUUGAUGAGUGUCAAUGAUCUUGACUCAAGUCUGAAAGUGAUUUCUAUGAGCACAGGUACUAAGUGUUUAGGACACUCACAAUUAAGUGAUAAAGGUGAUGUAAUCAAUGAUAGCCAUGCUGAGGUACUAGCACGAAGAGCCUUUUUGAGGUUUCUUUAUUAUCAAAUGGGUCUGGUUUUGGAAAAGAAAAAUUCUCCAGUUAUUUUCUUUAGUGAAUUAGAAAAGAAAUUUAGAAUUAAAGCUGGUGUAAAAUUCCAUUUUUUUGUCAGCCAUGUACCUUGUGGUGAUGCUGCCAUUUUUCCUAAGAAUUCUGAAGAUGAAGCGAGUUUGUCAUCACUAAAGGAAAGCAAAACUGAUUCUGAAGAACCCAAAUGUAAGAAGAUUAAACUUGAAUCAAUAAACGAUGGGGAAAAUGACAAUCCCGUAAGCAAAGGAGAUGGAGAUAUUUUCCGAACAGGAGCCAAAUGUGUGCAAAAGGGUGAACAAGAUCCUAAAGAACAUGGCAAAGAUUACCAUGUGAUUGGUGCUCUGAGGACUAAACCAGGCAGAGGAGACCCUACUUGGUCUAUGUCCUGCAGUGACAAAAUAGCACUGUGGAACGUUUGUGGAUUUCAAGGAGCUCUAAUUACACAUUUUAUAGAGCAGCCAAUAUACAUCUCAACUUUUGUAAUCGGAAAGUGUCCAUUUAGUGAAAGUGCUUUCAAAAGGGCUAUGAUUGAUAGGUUAUCAAAUGUGGCUGAUCUGCCACUUCAUUAUCAUCUGCCCCAAUCUGCUAUUUUGCAGUCAAGUCUUGCAUUUGAAUAUAGUAAGGAGAAGCUGGCUUUGAGUGAUGCAAAAACUGUACCUUGUCCUGCUUCUAUCAUAUGGUAUGACGCUCCUGGAUCUUUAGAAGUCUCUGUAAAUGGGAAAAAGCAAGGCAUUGUGAAAAAAGAUUUGAACAAACCAUCUUCAAGAGUUGGCGUUUGCAAAUCAAUGCUGUUUAAGAUGUUUUUAGAACUGUUGAAGAAAGUGCAGUUAUUUAAUGAGUAUAAAAAUUCUCAAGUUUUGACAUAUUAUGACUUUAAAAAGCAAGCAAAGGACUACCAAAUUGCAAAACAAGCCGUGUACAAAAUAUUUGAUGGAUGGAUGCGCAAACCUGACCAGUUGCAAAAAUUUAUGAUCGAAAAUGAUUCACAUAAAUAA